GUACGUCAGCCCUUUCGGGAUACACACGAGGACCGAGCUGAGUUGAGGCGGCUCUCGGCUUGUUACCGGCGGAGCCAUAGCCCUGGUCUGAGGCCUCCUGCAGACGCGCGCAUCAGCAGUGUCCGAGGGAGGGGAGAAAGAGCUGACGGGAGGAGAGGAAAAGACACGUUAUCUUUAAACCCAGCAACAUUUCUCUGUACAGCCAUGGAUCCGAAAGACGUGGCGGAUUACGCCCCUGAUUCCUGGGAGCUGGCGGCCGACACGGAUGUCGAGGCCCAGAUGAACUCCUCUUUUUCUAAGCUCAACGUGAACGCCAAGCCUUUCGUUCCCAAUGUCCACGCAGCAGAAUUCGUUCCCUCGUUCCUGAGGGGCUCAGAUGAGGCCGCCGAGUCGCCAGAAGGGCCUGAUGCUAUUGAUCCCAGCAUGGAAGUUUCAGAACCUGCUGCAUUAUUAGAAAAUGGAGAUACAGAGGCAGGACCUGAAGAAUCAUGGGAACAGAAAGCAGAACCAAGUGAAGCAGAACCAGGAGGUGGUCCUGCUGGUGACGGAGGUCCACCUUUGGCUACUUCAGUGGAAAUGGAAGAGGAGGAGGAGGUACCUUCACCAAAGGUUGCAGUGGUAGAGCCAGGUGCUCCAAGGAAGGAGCAUGUGAAUGUUGUAUUUAUAGGUCAUGUAGAUGCUGGAAAAUCCACUAUUGGUGGACAAAUAAUGUAUCUUACUGGUAUGGUGGACAAGCGAACACUGGAAAAGUAUGAAAGGGAGGCCAAGGAGAAAAAUAGAGAAACAUGGUAUUUGUCCUGGGCCUUGGACACAAAUCAAGAGGAGAGGGACAAGGGGAAAACGGUUGAAGUAGGUCGUGCAUAUUUUGAGACUGAGAAAAAGCACUUCACCAUUUUAGACGCACCAGGACACAAAAGCUUUGUACCAAAUAUGAUUGGUGGAGCAUCUCAAGCUGAUCUUGCUGUCUUGGUUAUCUCAGCCAGGAAAGGUGAAUUUGAAACUGGCUUUGAGAAAGGAGGGCAAACGCGAGAACAUGCAAUGUUAGCAAAGACAGCAGGAGUAAAACAUCUGAUAGUUCUCAUCAAUAAAAUGGAUGACCCAACAGUAAGCUGGAGCCAAGAUAGAUAUGAGGAAUGCAAAGAAAAACUGGUGCCAUUUUUAAAGAAAGUUGGUUUCAAUCCGAAGAAGGACAUCUAUUUUAUGCCUUGCUCUGGACUAACUGGUGCAAACCUAAAAGAACGAGCUGAGAACUGCGCUUGGUACACUGGUUUACCAUUUAUACCGUAUCUGGACAAUUUGCCACAUUUCAAUAGGACAGCCAGUGGACCUGUGCGAGUACCAAUAGUAGAUAAAUAUAAGGACAUGGGUACUGUGGUUCUGGGCAAACUAGAAUCUGGAUUAAUUGGAAAGGGGCACCAGCUUGUUAUGAUGCCAAAUAGACACAAUGUUGAAGUUCUGGGACUUCUGUCUGAUGAUGUGGAGACUGAUUCAGCAGACCCAGGUGAAAAUCUGAAGAUACGACUGAAAGGGAUUGAAGAGGAAGAGAUCCUGCCAGGAUUCAUUCUGUGCGAUCAUGGCAACCUUUGUCACUCAGGACGUACAUUUGAUGCACAGAUAGUAAUAAUUGAGCACAAAUCCAUCAUCUGCCCAGGUUACAAUGCAGUGCUGCACAUCCAUACUUGCAUUGAAGAAGUACAAAUAGCGGCCUUACUCUGUCUGGUGGAUAAGAGAACUGGAGAGAAAAGCAAGACGCGGCCUCGCUUUGUUAAACAAGAUCAGGUUUGCAUUGCUCGCUUAAGGACAGCAGGCACUAUCUGCCUUGAGACCUUCAAAGAUUUUCCUCAGAUGGGACGUUUUACCUUGAGAGAUGAAGGUAAAACUAUUGCAAUUGGAAAGGUCCUGAAGUUGAUCCCUGAGAAGGACUGAAGAUCCACUAUCUAAUGCUGCACAAUACUGUGAUGAAAAAGGACUCAGCAACAGCCUACUUCACGCCUUCUUUUCUUGGUUCUCAUAGUUCCUCUGCCCAUCAAUACUUUCAUUUUCCCAUGUACUGCAAAUUGCUGUAAAACAUGUCCACAUUUUACGUCAGCUUUCUCAUAUUGAGAGCUCUGCUAUGCCAUUGUUAAAAGUUCCUAUUUUAAAUCCUUCUUCUGAAAUCUGCUUCCUUAGAAUUGCGGCAGUAGCUAUCUAACUGAUGUGGACAGAUUGCCUGCAAAAAUAAAAUUAAACCAAAAAAGUUUAUUUUAUUCUGGCAUCAUUCUCUUUUGUGUGCAUUCUGGCUCACCUGUGUUUUCCAACUGGAUCAGACUAUUCAACAGAUCAGUGUGAGUGUUCCUGUGUUAGAAAGGAGUCUAGAGACAAUAAAAUCGAUUUUGAAAUAUUUUUGGCACUUGAAUUAUUUUAGAACAGAUUCCUAUGAAAUGAACCCUGCAUCCGCCUGUUAGCUAGUUUUCCAGCAAGUUAUCUUUGUUUUAUUUUUUCCUUCCAUCUUGAAUAUAUUCUAUAAAUUUUGUCAUGUUAUCCACUCAGUAUGCCCUGUGUGGUAUUCAUCAGCAUUCACAAAAGCAUGAUGCAUUUUAUUGUAAAUGUUUGCUUGCUGGAAAACAAAACAUCAAUAUUUCAGCUUUUAGGGUGCAAGCGCAAUAGUUAAUUUUGAACCAAUUGCUUCUAUUUAAUUUAAGCCAUCUCUAAAAGAAUCAAAUCUUUUCUAAGCAUGUAAAGGUACAUAACAGCAAUCUGAAAUGAUGUGAAUUGUUUGGGAAAAUUUCGGGGUUAAAGAACAAAUGAUUGCUGCAUGAGCUUAUGGUGUUAUGUUUCACUUUGAACAGACAGAAUAUUAUUAGAGUAUCUAGGUUUGAUUCUUUUGACUUGAAAUAAUAUUUAAAACAACAUUAGAAUAUCUGCAGCUGCAUUUUUUUAUUUUCGUGCUUACAAGUGCAUUGCAUAAACCAGUUAACAUGUGGAUGCACAUAUAACAACAUUACCACUUUGGGUGGGAAUUCCAACACUUGCUACAACUUUCACAUCAACUGUUAAUUUUAUAUGGAGUGAAUAUUUCUUGGAUUAAUAAUUAAGAGAAAAAAUUCUGAAAUAGAACUUGUGUGGUUGGUAGACACAAUGUGAGAAAAUAUAUCCUUGUACAUAUUUGAAAACUAUGUAAUUGAGACAACUUAUUUAAUAUACUAAAUUUGCUACUGUUGUAGGGUCAAAAUGAGGAUUUCUUAAAAUAAGCCCCUUGCCUAGUUAAAUUACAGUUCUAUUUUAAAAAAGGGAUUUACGAAUGAUGAUAAUUAGCUCUAAAAUAUGAAACAGUGUGAUGAAUGGGAUGAAUUUAGGAAUGGAUACAACUAAGUGUUAUUUCAACAAAUUAAAUUCAGGCUUGGAACUUAAAGACGCACCUGAAAUCUAAAACAGCAAAUUCCCCGGGCCACUACUUAAAGGCAGCUCUGCCCUGCCAAUGAUUUGUAUGCAAUUCCCCAAAAUAAUUUAAUCUAUUCUAAUGAUUUGAAUGUUUAAGUAAUAAUAGGUUUUCUUUGUUUUAUUUCAGUUAUGCAUGGAAAUGAAAAUCUCACUUAUUUCGAUUGUUUGAAAACCUGUGGGAAUUUGCUGAUCCACGGGGGGGGGGGGGGGGGGCAAAGAAGACAGCACUAUAUUAAUAGUAAAAUUUUCUUGAGUUUCUAUAGCGGUCAUUAUUUAAUCAGUUAAUUUAAGUAUAACAAAGAUAUAAAUUGCUGCCAUAUGAAAUACCCUUGUUUUUCAUUGGAGAAAUGUUGGCUUUCCCACUCAAAGUUGUCUGUUUUGUAAUGAAAUAUUAUUGGUAAUACACAACUUGGUGUAAGUCAGCCCAGCUGUUAAAUAUGACCACAGUAUUGUAUAGUAUACAAAUUUAUUGUAUGUGUUCUUAAUCUUGCCAAAUAAAAUUUGAUUUCAUUUCCCUUGGAAUAUAGUCUCUAACUGUAAAGGUACAGCUGUUAUUUUUAUUCUCUCCCCCCCCCCCCCAUGUAAAUUAUUUUAAGACUAGCAGAGGGACAUUAUGAAGCUUUCACUGUGAAAAGGCUUUGUGUUGUGAUCCCUUCCCAAAAGGAUAUUGAUAUGCUGGUUCAUACAGGCUGCUGCUUUACCCAGGUUUUGGAAAGACACUCUGAUCUCUGGCAUAGGUUGUACAGAUCAUAGGUUGCUAAUUAAUACCUGGCAGAGCAAAACCUUUUUUCAUAAUCUGCCUUGAUCUGUUUGGCCACUCUUGUUUUGAAAGAGUUUUCUAUCCACAUUGGGUAUUGAAAUCUGCACUGGUCAAUGCAUUGUCGAAGAUAAGUGCAAUGACAAGUUUUAUUUCAGCUAGGUCUUUGGAAGGUUGGCACGUGUGUCAAAAUCAAUGCCCAUCCUGUGAUCAGAAAGUCAGCAGUCACCUGGUCUAAAUAUGUGUGAAUGAUUGUGGCUCCACCUUGUAUUUUGCUUCUGAAGUUUGGCUUGAACAAAGUCAGUGAAGCCAGAUUUUGGAAGUGAAUUAUUACUCUCAGCUGCAAUUACUUAUGUGCAUUCAGCACAAACAACGGACAUAUUUCCACUUGUCUUUUAUAUAUUUGUAUAUACUUGGCUCUCCUUUCUUAUAGUGUUUAUAGCCUUAUGGCAACUGGACUAAACAGGUAACCAGAUGACAGUUACCUUAGUGACAUUCAAGAUAUUGUUCACUAAAAUGCAUGGUAUUCAAUAUCUGUUGAAAGCUAGAAGCAGAAAGUUGUAUCAACUUGCUGAAUUUAUCCAUUUAACUCUAAGUUGCUGAAAUAACUUUUUGUCCAAGUUGUACUUAGAAUCUGCUUAGAAUGUAAUGUGUUGUAUGAUUCAUUUAAUUAAUCAAGCAAUGGAAAGGUAAAGUGAUCAUAAGACUGUUGUAAUAUGGGCAAAUUUUCAUUACAAAUAAACUGUGCAAUGGAAUAUUUUUACUUUGGUGAGUUCCUAGGGCAAUAGUCUUGUGGCCAAUGGGUGAUUUAACUGCAUCUGACUGUACAGACAAGUCUUUCAUUUGUGUUGAAAUGCUGGCUCUUCGCGGAUGAUUGCACAUUAAUCCAGCCCAAAUUUGCCUAAUUGACCUUGAUUCCCAAGAUGACGUGGUAUGUUGUGAAAUUGUACAUCACAUAGUGUGAAAUUGCAAUAAAGUUUUGUUGAAGGUGUU